CCGGGUGACUGACAGCAGUGUGCUGCUGGAGUGUCCCAACAGUCUCGUCACUCGCGUGUCUUUUCGUCACGAAAUGGAUCAUGUGAUAUUUUUGGCCCAAGAAAGACUAGAAGCGCUUCAGGUACUUGGCAGUUCAUCUUCAGCGGCAGCUGCUGCACGACUAGCAUCAAUCCGUGAGGCAGCUAGGGCUUCUCUCAACCAAAGCUGGGACUCAUUAGGCUCAACUUACACAUCUUUGCAUGAUCGCUUGACAUCAUCUAGCCCAUACGAUCGACUCACAAAUGCCCUGGCCAGCUCCCGCGCCGCUCUACGCAACUUCAGACCUCGAGAAGUUUAUGAUCGCUGCCUUGUUUUCUUUGUUCAUGAGGUUACCAGAACUCAUGUGUACCUGUGUGCCGCCUGCUUUCUGGUGGGGGGCUUUAUGGGUCUCGUGGUGGGGCUACACGUGCAUAACAGCGUCGCUGCUCCCCAGCGCAUGCGAGCCGUGGUCGUCAACAGCUAUGGUGGACUUGAGGCCAUCACGGUAGUGGAAGACGUUCCAGCUCCACAGUUGACAGCCCGUGACCAGCUGCUGGUGCAGGUGAAGGCAGCUGGUCUUGAUCACCUGGACAUCCAGGUGGCCCAGGGGUACGGACGUGGCACCAGGAGGCAUUUAAACAAGUACAAUCCUAACUGGAGCGGCGACUUCCCUGUGGUGCUCGGCCGCGACUGCUCAGGUGUCGUGGUCGCCAUUGGAGCAGAUGUGGACGACUUCAGUGUUGGUGAUGAGGUGUGGCUGGUCGUGCCCCUGCACCACCAAGGAACGCUCAGCGAGUACCUGGUCGUGACGUCAUCACUCGCCUGCCACAAACCGCAGCAGCUGACGAUGGAGGCGGCCGCUGCCUUGCCUCUCAGCCUCGUCAGAGCCUGGGGAGCCCUGCAGCAGUGUCAGCUCCCGCAGCGCCAGCAGGCACAAGGCAAGAGGUUCCUUGUGUACGGGGGCGUGAGUGGCGUGGGCUUGGUGCUGGUGCAGCUGAUAUGCGCGUGGGGCGGCCAUGUCACCACCACCGUCACCUCGUCUCACCACGCCGAGCUGGCGACCAUGCUUGGGGCGCAUGACGUCAUAGCUUGUGACGUGGCGCCGCUAGACAAGGAGCUCGAGCUCAGGGAUAAGUUCGACUUCAUCAUUAACCCUGCUGGCCCAGGCCUGCACGAAGCUUCCAAGAAAUACUGCCAUCCUGACGGCAGAGUUGUGAGCAUAGCUCUGCCCCCUCUGCCUGCUGACGAUCUGGGGGUCGUGCUGGGGGCCUUCUACUCCCUCUACUCCAGGCUGCGUUUCCUCGUCUGUAAAUCCCGCUGGUUGGAAGGCUCCUGGUACGGCUCCGUGCCAACGGAGAGCGGGCUAAUCCUGCGGCAGAUUUCCCCAUUGGUGGAGGAGGGCAAACUGCGCGCCGUCGUCGACAAAGCAUUCAACUGCCAGGACGCUGAGCUCGCCUUCGCGCAUGUCGACUCGACGCAGCAAGUCGGCAGGACCGUCGUGAGGUUCAGUGCCUCUACCCCUUCACGCGCUCUUCAAAUGGCUUUGUGGCAAGACCGCUGACAUCUCGUUACCAAUUAACCUGAACUGCUUGACGUGCCAAAUCAGCUGCUCGCUUUACUCCGACCUUGCAGCCUCACCACCAUCACCUCGACCAACAUCACCUCCAUGGAUUCCAUUGUUUUGGUCACUAUUAAACUUCUGCUGCUACCUGCUCAAAUUAUUGGGAGAACUGAGAAUGCAUGUUUGAAAACGUGUUUUUACCUUUCAUGUUCGUAUCAGUGCCUGAAGGCAGAAUAAUCGAGCGGUGCAAGAUUCUAUAUCGCAUGACAGUGAAUUUUAUUUUUACUUAUUUCCAAUAUACUGGAUCGUGUUAAAAUUUAUAGGAGUUUUACGAAUUUGAAACUGGAAGUUUGCUGAUUUUAAUUGUUAUUUCCUCUACACACCAACAGACUGUAUUAUUGUUGAUUUAUUUGUUGUUGAUGAGCAAGUUUGUUCAUUCUUCAGGAAUACUCAUGUUGCGAGACCAGCGCAUACUUGGGUUUGUUGUGGAGAAGCUGUAAAGUUUCAACUGCCAUUCGAUUGUGUACACUAGAAACGAGAAAAAAUGUGUUACUGUAUUAGAUAAUUCUAGUGCGUGUAUAUUAAUUGCAAAACUAAUCCAUUUUUUGUUGAUGCAUUAUUUCAGAAUGUGAUGUUACCAGACGAUAUCCUAACAAUGUUUGUGCCAGACGAUAUCCUAGGAUUUAUGUUAAUGCCAUUAUUUUGGUUGAAGGUUUACCUGCAUUAUCGUGACCAGUUGAGUUUUAGGCAUCAAAUCAGGGUAAUAAUUGUGCUUUGUUUAUGCUUGCCGCGAAUUUUGUAGAGAGAAAUUGCUAAAUUCAAACAUUUCAAGUGGACUUCAGUUCUAUUUCGUCAUGGGUCUCGCAUAAGGCAAUAAGUGCGUUUUUCUAUUGUUAACUUGAAUAGUGAGUAAAUGAAGGGAGUAUACAACUUAUCAGACUGAAUAUAUCCAAUAGAAAUAUGUCCUGCAUUGCAAUAAUGUUUCAGAUCACUUCCCUCUGGGAUCUAGAGUUUUCUGUGUAAACAUAAAAACUCAAAUUAUUUUGUAUGAAGUAGACAAUAAUAUUACAACAUUUUAGAUCAUUGAAGCUGAUUUUAGAAUGAAAAUUAUUAGGUGGAAAAAUUCGAAUGAACUGGAGCGAACGAAAUAUUUGCAAAUAAGUAGCUUACGUAAUCUCGUGUGUAGUUGUUUUAUUAGACCGAGUUUUACUGUUCAAUGUUCAUGCCAUGCAUCGCUCUCGUGCUUCAUGUUGAGAAUAGGUUACCAGAUAUUGAAUGAAGUUUAACCCGACGAUAUGCAGUAGAGAGAUUAUCCUUAUAUCCCUUAUAUCAAUGUGCCCAUCAAGCUUAUAUCAACCUGUACGUUGCCCAUCACUGUCGAAUGUUCCUUAAUGUUGAUGAAUAAAGUACAAUAAUUGAGCAGUACAAGCUGCUGCACUGGCUGCGGCCUAAAGCGCCCAGACCAACUUUGGUCUUGGGUUGAGUCUCAAAGAAAAUGUCAUGAUGAAAUAUGUAAUAAUGAUGCGAGAAUUAUUUUCAUAGCGAAAAGUAUAGUGAAAUAUGUAUAAUGAUGCGCAAAUUACUUUCUGAAAACCUCAUGAACUGGAGAAACGAAGCAUAUUUUCAAUGCCUUGUACUAGUCAGUGAUGUACUUAUUGUUUUGUUGUUCUUACUCCUCGGUUAAGAAGCGAGACUUAGAUGAGUAUUUUAAACUUGUUUAUGUUCACAAUAAUUUCGACGUACGUAAUGAAAAUAUGUUCGAUUUUAUUGACAUUUUCUGCUGUUGAAUACGUGGAUAAUUUGCCAUUCUGCUAAUCGGGUUAUCUUAAAUGGUCUUGAAUUAAAUGUUUGGAUUAUAGUUUAUGUUUGUAACGUAGUGUGUUGCUGCGUUAAGCUCCUUCCGAAGCCCUUACGUUUAAAGCCAUUCGCUAAGGCGAAACGUCAUACGAAAUGUGUCUACGGUAUGACUUUUUUUCGAUCGUCCUGUACAUAAUAUGUAUUUAUUCGGGUGACAAAGAGUACUUGUAUUGCAAUAUUGCAGAUUACUUUCACAUAUUUCCAAUAAGCGCCACUCAUGAAUAAGACCAUAUAUGAAGGCAUUUCAGAUUAUUAUUUAUUCGAUCUUGUCACCUGAAAGGAAGUUAUGUUCGUUGAGGAUUCGCACAGUUCGGUGUGCCCGCAUGUGACGUGCCUUGCCAAUCAUUUCAGUCUUACCAAUCACUUUCUGUUGUGAUAACGAUUUUUUUCAGUCGCGUACAACCCAAAUUUUACCGACCGUAUCGCUGAACGAGGAUGCAACCGAGAAAUAUUUAUUAUGAGAAAUAAAUUAUUUUAAGAAUUUU